AGAGGUCAGCCAAGAGUAUUGGUCCUAGACCCACAAAUACAUCAGGAUUCUCCCUCCUCCGUUAGCCUCCUAAACCCCAAUGAGGUCAUAGCAAUGAGAGAGAAUCAGAUUCAAGAGAGGGGGGAGGAAGAGGACAACAACGGGGGAAAAAAAUCCAGACGGAAAGAGGCCAUCAGACAAGGUCGCUUUUUCUGGCGACACAGCAAGUGCUAGGAACGUGGUGCUGAAUACCAUCCACCCGCUCUGCCUAGAGACCUAGAGACUCACAGAAGCACUUUGCGCAGACAGGAAAACAAAGGAGGGAAGGCGAGAGGACAGGCGGAGAGGAGUUGUAAGCAGCUCCCCUUUAUUACUAGGAAAUCAAGCUUGGUUCCUCCGCCAGGAAGAAGGGAGCCAGAGAGGUGCGGAAGGCUCCUGGGGGCGCAGAGCAGAGACACGGCAGAACUCUGGACUGCGCCUCCGACACUGGCAAGGCUUCCGAUCCAGAGUCCGUUCUCCAGAGCCUGGCUCCUCAAUAAAAGCUUCUGGACUCCCACCCAUCGCUCAACAGUCCCUGUGUGAACCCGCCACGGGCUGGAUUAGCUGUCUUCUCUGGCCAGGCCCACGGAAAUGGUUCUCUGGUUCUGAAAAUCCAGACCUUGUGGAUAAUGUUUUGCUGGUGAAGAAAGAAAAGUUUGAGGAGCUGGACUGUGGUAGGGGGCGGAAGGGGCUGAGGAGGACUUUGGAAGAAAGAAGGUAGAUGAUCAGCUUUCAUCUCUGAGCUGGAAGGAAUGAUGACCCAAGGAGAAUGUGCACCAGCGGCCAGAUCAUUGGGAGCCUUUUGGUGCUCUCUGUGCUGGAGAUAGGGCUGGGGGUGUCCAGCGUGGCCGUGGGGGCGGUCAGCUUCAGCCUGGCUCUCCGAGAGCACACGCCGCAGCUCGGAGACUCGUCCCCGGUAUGGAGCGGGUUUCUUCUAUGUGGCAUAUGUGGAAUACUGUGCGCCAAAAAAAAGUCAGGACUUGUCAUGAUCCUCUUUUCAGCGUGCUGUAUCUGUGGACUCAUUGGAGGCAUCCUGAAUUUUCAGUUUCUUCGGGCAGUCACAAAAAAGACCUCCUCCCUGUACCCACUGCAUCUCGCUUCCAUGUCUUUGGCAUGUAUCGGCAUUGGGGGCUGCACUGUCUCCUCUUGGCUCACUUGUCGUCUAGCCAGCUAUGAGCAAAGGAGGAUGUUCUCAGAAAGGGAACAUUCCCUGCAUCACUCUCAUGAAAUGGCUGAGAAAAGAUUGAGGGCUAUUGAAAUAACCGACUUGCCCAGCUGCCCGGUGGUGCCCCCGACACCAGAGUUACCUACAAGGAAAUGACAGACAACAUGAGUAAUGGAGCACCGCAACUGAUGUUUAAUGGAAGAGUACAAUCAAUGUUUUAAAGAACUCAACAUUUUUCAGGUUGUUCAUGAGGCAGGAGAAGCUGAAGACCUGGGAGUAGCAGUUAAAAUGGCUCUUGGAUUUCUUAUUUCUCCUGGGCAUCGACUAAAGUUAUUCCUUCUCAGUUUGGCCUCACUCACCCUUUAUCCCUUUCUAGAGGGUAUAAACUUUCCAGAAAUGUUGUAGCUUAGUCAUCUCAGCAUACUGACCAAUUUUUAUGAAGAAGAUUCCUCCAAAAAACUAAAUGGAAAUAGCAGUGACUAAUACUGUACACAGACACCAUUUGACUAGCAUGAGCUUUAGAAUUGUAAUUGCAUAUUUUAUGAAUCAUUCAAAAGUAAACACAUACAGAACCAACAAUAACUUAUUGAUGUCUUUGUUUUGAAAGACAAAUGAUUUCAAGUAUGCUAAAAAUCAAGACCUCAGCAAUUCCUUGUUGCAACAACAUUGUAAUUAAUUUCAAUUUGUGAAUGAAUUCUAUUUCAUAAUUUAUUUAUAAAUUACAAAAAACUAAAGCUUAAAAGGUGAUUUUUUUAGUUAGAGAAAGAAUACUAAUCUGUAUGAUAUUUUUGCACUUUUGAACAAGUGAAUACUAUGUAAGGAAAAUAAAUGUUUUCAUUAUUCUGUGCAAAUUGAUCUUCAUGUUCAUGAAUGAGUCUAAGAAUAAAGUAUUGUGUAUACAUAGGUGUAUAUAUACUGUAAAUACAGAAAAUACACACAUCAUAUAUUUAUAGCUACAUGAAUGUAAAUAGGUAAUAGGGAAGAAAUUGUAAUGUUAUGAAGUUAUUCCACUAGCUAUGAGAAGGCCAUUGCUCAAAGCUUUCUAAGCCCACAAUGUCACAUAUUUAAUUUCUACUCUAUCCAUGCAUUUUCUUCUUUUUCUUAAAUCUAUUGUGUGGUAGACAAGCAUUGUGGCUGAUACAUAUGGAGCUGAGUGACUUGAAUAUUGAAGCAUGAAUAUAAACUACUUAAUUGUUGGUAUUUAACUGUGAUUAUGAUGUUUAUGUAAAAGUAAUUGUUAAUAUUGAUUUAUAAGUGUAACUUCAAUCAUAUAAAUCCUUAUUUCUAAACAAAAAUUAUUAUCUAAGAUUAUUCCUGAUAUGUUUAUUUCAUAUAACUUUCAGCCAAAUUAAGCUCUGUAAUUGGGAAAUGGUAACCUUAGUGAAGUUAAUACUACCUUUGCUAUACUUUAGAUGUUUUAUCUCCUUUGCUGAUUAACAUGAAGGUCAUAUGUUGGAAAGUAUAUAUUCAAAGUAUCUGAAGGAGUUCUCAGUAUAAGAAAAUUGAAAGAUAAACUGACAUUCACAUAGUUAAAGCCAAUUUUCCUCUUCCACAAUGCAAUAUUAAAAUAAUAAUCAACAAUAUGUAUAAAAGAUCAAACAUCAUGGACUCUAAAGAUAUUUAUGAAAAUUAAUCUCUGACAACAUACAAGUCAAUAUUUUUAAAUAAGUAGCAUUGCACCAUAUAUUUUUAUUAAUUUCCAAAACUAAGCAAAUUUCAACUCAUUUUUCUGAGUUACUCAAUCACAGCUAAAUUGAUAUAUUUCAUGCUUGGUAUGAGAACACCUUACAGUCACAAGCAAGACAAGAGUUUUCACUGUGCUAACAAAACAGCAAUAAUUUGGUCUAAGGCCCCAUGAGCCUUUAACAAUGUCAUCAGUAAACCUGUUGAGAUGAACUACUUAGAAAAUUCUGGAUAAAAAUGGCCUCUUAUUUUGGUAUAGUUUUGAACUCUUCCUCACUCAUUUGGACACUUCUUUGUCUGGUAUAUUACAAAUACUGUCCAUAGAUUUGAUAUAAAAUAAUGAAUCAUCAUCAUCACUACUCAUUUCAUGCUGCAUAUAGGCAUGAUAUUUGCCACUAAAAAUGCAAACUCUAAGCACCUAGAAAUCUCAAAUAUAUAUGGUUAUACUAAAUUUAUGCUGAAGUUGGCUUAAUCUUUAAGGAAGAAACCCACCGACUCAAAUUUUGGUAGCAUUUCUCUGUUGGCAUGUAAAAUACAGAAUUAUAAUAUAUCAACAUGUUUAGUGACUUUUGAAUUUAUUUAUAAAAACACAUAUUAAAAAACCAAAGAAGGCUAUCACUUCUUUGACACACAGAUUUUUUAAAAAGAAAUUCAAUCACUGCACUUAUCUUAAUAGUUCACAGUGUGUGUGUGUGUGUGUGUGUGUGUGUGUGUGUGUAUGUGUGUGUGUGUGGGUGUGUGGGUGUGUGGGUGUGUGUAUGUGUAUAAUCAAUUUUAGACACAUCUUUAAAUGUAAUUAUUUCACCCUUGUGCUUUCUCAGCUCAAAUUGGAGUGAUUUACUUAGGGUAUAAGAUGAUUCUUGAAAUAAGUAGGGGAAGUUAAGAAGACAUUAUUCAAGAAACUGAAAUUUUAAUUUUUACAACAAACUGACAAAGAAUAAAAACAUUAGUGCCUACAUUAUAGUUUUAAUAUAAAUCUACCCUUGAUGAAAUAUGAUGUGGUAUUAAAUUAGGAAAAUAUAUGUGAAAGUGGUGUGGGGUAUGCUUUAAAUGCAAAAAGAAGACGCUAUCACUUCUAGGAAAUUAAAAAAAAUAUUUGUAUGUAUAUAUAUGUAUUAUAUACACACAUAUGUUUUGAAGUGGAACAUUGUAUGAUGACUCUUGAUGUUUAUGUAAUAAAACCAUAUGCUUUGAAACUACAAA